UCAUACAAGGCACUCUCCCAUACUAAGCCCUCAUUUUCUGGCAUUUAUGAAGCGGCUCGUUCCUAUCCCGACACGGACGGUACUACCACGGUUCCAAGACUUAGUAGUCCCGCCAGAUGAGUACAUCAGGCAUCAGUUCCUGGCCACCUCCCCUAGUAACAAAGCCGCCACAGCGUCCAAGUUGUUCAAGGAGCAGUAUAUCACGAAAGAGUCCAGACCGAAAACCCUAGCGCUUGAUCCCAAGCUUUUUUCUCCCAUGAUGCGUGAGGUGUUGAAACCGCUCUAUGCAUCCGCCCUUGCAGAUCGAGUCUCUGCGAAGCUCCUCAAUGAUGACCAAAGCUGGAACUUUGUCCAGGACUUGCGGUUGCGGCACGUGCCGUAUCCCAAGACUCUCGCGGAAAAGAGACGGCGGAUGGCGUCAAACCCCGGGAGCUAUGGGUUGGAUGGGCCGGAUCAGCUCGUGGUGGGGAGGUACAUUAACAUCUUGAACGAUUACCCGGUGGUUAUUGUGCUCCAGCAUACGGGAAAGUUAACCACCGAUAUAUCCUGGCUCAAACUCUUGGGGGAGUUGGAUACCACCGUGUACCACGCCGAAAAGAUCGAGGAUUUACUUUUUGCCCGUGCCAACCAGGAAAUAACGUCCCUGGAGGACCCCUUUUCUCUGUAUCUUGUGGAACGCUCCACCGAAGAGCCUGAGUUUACUCCUAAGCAGUAUAUCAUCGCCGUUUCCCAGACAACGCUAUCCGACACGUCUCCGUCGCAGCUUCACACGCUUCUCGACAAGUAUCGUGUGGACGUUUCUGUCGUCUGUGCGCGUCUUUUGUUGAACAACGACGCUAUAAAGAGCGAAAUAUUGGCGACGAUUGGCGGCUCUUCCGAGAAGGGAGAGUUUAUGAAACAGGCCAUGGAGCGAACACGCACUCGGAGACUCACCGAACAGACGGGCGCCGCUGGCGGCAUGGGGAAGUGGCUUAUUAUGUUAGCGGAGAAGGGGUUGUUGCGUGUAACUGACUCUACGACUAAGGAUGGUUCCGAAUGUUCGUAUUUAUUUAAGGAAUAGAAAACGCGGAUAUGAGACGAAAAGUGAGUGUAUGCCACAACGGACGAGAUAUAUGAAGGGUGAUGUGAAACUUGAGGCUGCGAUAUCAAAGAGUGAUAUGUCAUAUCCCGGCUGUGAAAUAUACGGAUGCUAUAAUGAGAUUUCCGGCCAUAUCCACUUUUACGUAGUACCGAAAAGGGAUCUCAACCUAGUCCAAUACUCUUUCUAGUAUCAUUGUAAGUUUGAAAAAGGAUUUCAGUC